GAUAAAGUUGGGAGUGUACAGGUGUGGCUGUGGCCACGACACGAGAGAGCGUUGUGGCGCGACAAAUGAAGUACGACACUUAUUUCCACUUGACGGCUGACGAUGACACACCAACAUCAGCCAUGGCAACCGGCAGCAACUAUUGGGAAGAUUUACGUAAACAGGCCAGGCAGCUGGAGAAUGAGCUGGACAUGAAGCUGGUCUCCUUUAGUAAGCUGUGCACCAGUUACAGCAGCGGCCACGACCAUCAGACAAGACCCAGGUCAGAUUCUUUUGGCCCACAAGAUAACAUGGUCGUUGCCAUGACGACUGAAGUGGAGCAGCUCUUGGCUAAACUUGCUGUGAUCAAUGACAAGAUGGCAGAAUACACAAGCUCUCCUGGAGCCUCAUCACAGAAUGCAGCACUGAUGCACACCUUACAGAGACACAGAGACAUUUUACAGGAUUACACUCAUGAGUUUCAUAAAACGAAAAGCAAUUUCUUCAGCCUGCGAGAGCGAGAGGACCUGCUGGGUUCUGUUCACAGAGACAUUGAGUCCUACAAGAACAGCUCAGGGGUGAACAACAGAAGGACUGAGCUCUUCCUGAAGGAACACGAACACCUCAGAAACUCAGAUCGACUCAUUGACAACGCAAUAAGCAUCGCCAUGGCUACCAAAGAGAACAUCACAUUUCAGCGUGGGAUGCUGAAGUCCAUUCAAACCAGGGUCACAACUUUGGCCAAUCGUUUUCCUGCCAUCAACAGUCUCAUCCAGAAAAUCAAUUUGCGCAAGAGGCGGGACUCCCUAAUCCUAGGUGGGGUGAUUGGCGUCUGCACCAUCCUUCUGCUGCUCUACACUUUCCGCUGAUUGGCUCUUUGGCUCACCCAACAAAUAUUAUUCAGAUGCAUUUGUUAAUAACUAUUUAAACAACAUCUUUUGCACAUUUCUGCUCCUUUUCUUGUGUUUUUUUUACCUCUGUGAAAGCUGUAAGAACUGUUUUGGGAUUGUGAUGAUGUCAUUCUUUUCUUUAUUAAAGGUGAUGAGCUCA